AUGUUUAAAUUCGUUAUCUACUUGUUCACCUUUAUUGCUUUUGCUAACGCCAACUACACCACAUGGUCUUUAGUCACAGACUAUACCACCUACUGUCCACAGUCUACUGAAAUCACUGUCAACAACUCAAUAAUCACCAUAACCGGCCCAACAACCUUGACAAUAACCGGCGAGUGUACUCUCGAUUAUGUUGCUACAGUAGAGGCAGCACCUUCGUCUAUUCCCUCAAAUGUCACAGUCAUAGAGUCUAAUGGUGCCAGCAAAUUAAACCUAAGGAGUUUAGCCGGUGCUGGCCUUGUCGCUGCUAUCUUUAUUGCUUUUAUUUAG